GCACACCGUAAGGUUACGUGGGAAAAAAGCCAAGAAAAACAAGUAGCGACAAUUUGGAUACCCGAAAUUGCCCCUUCCCCAAACCCUCUACUAACCUUUCUCCCUACCUCUCUUUUCAAAUAUAAACCCCUCCUAAUCCCUCUUUUCUCUCUAUCUCUAUCUCUCUCCAUCUCUUCUCUACUGCUUUCCAGAACUCUCUCUUCUACUUUUCAACAACCAGCCAUGACUGCUUACAAGGGCAAAUACGCUGAUGAGCUCAUUGCCAAUGCUGCCUACAUUGGCACACCUGGAAAGGGUAUCCUUGCUGCCGAUGAGUCAACCGGCACAAUCGGCAAGCGUCUAUCCAGCAUCAAUGUUGAGAAUGUUGAGGAAAACAGGCGUGCCCUUCGGGAGCUACUCUUCACCGCUCCUGGUGCCCUUCAAUACCUCAGUGGAGUAAUUCUCUUCGAGGAAACCCUGUAUCAGAAGACUAAAUCAGGCAAGCCUUUUGCUGAGCUUUUGAAGGAGAAUGGUGUCCUCCCUGGUAUUAAGGUUGACAAGGGUACAGUUGAGAUUGCUGGCACCGAUGGUGAGACUACAACCCAAGGUCAUGAUGGGCUUGCCCAACGUUGCCAGAAGUACUAUGAAGCUGGUGCGCGAUUUGCAAAGUGGCGUGCUGUGCUCAAGAUUGGCCCCAAUGAGCCAUCUCAGCUUUCCAUCAAUUUGAAUGCUGAGGGGUUGGCCAGAUAUGCCAUCAUUUGCCAGGAGAAUGGUUUGGUCCCAAUUGUUGAGCCUGAGAUUUUGGUUGAUGGACCUCAUGAUAUUAACAAGUGUGCUGAGGUCACUGAGCGUGUUCUUGCUGCCUGCUACAAAGCACUCAAUGAUCACCAUGUCUUGCUUGAGGGAACUCUUUUGAAACCUAACAUGGUUACCCCUGGAUCAGAUUCCCCUAAGGUUGCACCCGAAGUGGUUGCUGAGUACACAGUCCGCGCCCUUCAACGCACUAUGCCAGCUGCUGUUCCAGCUGUUGUGUUCUUGUCUGGUGGACAGAGUGAGGAGGAGGCUACCCUCAACCUGAACGCCAUGAACAAGCUCAAGACAAAGAAGCCAUGGACUCUUUCCUUCUCUUUUGGACGUGCCCUUCAGGCAAGUACCCUCAAGGCUUGGGCCGGAAAGGAGGAGAAUGUGAAGAAGGCUCAGGAAGCAUUGCUUGUCAGGUGCAAGGCCAACUCAGAGGCAACUCUCGGAACUUACAAGGGAGAUGCUACUCUUGGCGAGGGUGCCGCAGAGAGCCUCCAUGUCAAGGACUACAAAUACUAAGAGAUCUCAAAGUGACAGUAAUAGAGCGUCUUGUCUCAGGCAUAGUUUUAGGGCUUCACUUUUUUAAUGUUGCUGAUCGGAUUUAGUAUGAAGUAGCAUAAUAAAAUGCUCGAGGAGUAUUUUCUUGUUGA